AUGACGACUGGUGAUCGCUAUUAUCAACGUCGUUCACGUACGGUUAUACCCGUGACGAUAAAUCCUAACGAUGAUCAACGUUUUAUUCGCUUUCGUUCGUCUAACACAUCGACCGAUGACUUCCAUAAUCGAAUGAGUUCCCGAAUGCGUCAGUUCGAAGAAGAGUGUCGACAAUGGCGAGAAAAAUUUUUCAAUGAAUCAAGAUUCAACGUCGACGGAUUUCCAUCAUCGUCAUUACCUUAUUCGCGACCACGAAUGUUAGUUGAUUUUCCUGAUUUUCCAGAAUUCGGCAGUCUCGAUUGGCCAACAUUUCGUGGCUCAGCGCUUGGCUCGAGUUCAACGUCGAAUGGAGUCAAUCAACGAUCAUACAUUGAGGAGGAUAAUGAUGGAAGAAAAAAAUACAAAAUUCAAUUCGACGUCGGUGAAUUUCGACCAGAGGAAUUGAAUGUUAGAGUCGAAGGACGUAUGUUAGUUGUCAAAGGUGAUCGACAAAUACGGGUUGGUAAUGCAACGGAAUCAAAACAAUUCAAUCGCGAAUUGACAAUACCAGAAUUUGUUGAUGCCCAAAAUUUACAAUCAUAUCUAACUGACAAUGGUCAAUUGUUCUUGGAAGCACCUGUACUUCUUGAUCGGGUUUAUAACAACUCCAAUGCGGUACCAAUAACAACAUCGUCAUCUUCGAGUCGUCUUGCUGAUUCAACGUUUUCGGGUGGCCGAAACAACACUACAUCGAGUACUGGCUUCAGUGUCAUGCCAUCAAGCACUGGCUUCAGUGUCAUGCCAUCAAAUACGGGCUUUGGUAACAAUCAAUCGAGCACAUAUUCCUCAACAUCAUCGUCAUCGUCAUUUCGACAAGAAGGUUCGGGAGCACGUGAUAUAGGUAGUUUUUAUCGAAAUAGUCCUUUACGCGAUCAAUAUUCGUCGACAAGUUCAGCGUCGACUCUGGUCGGUGGAAAUAACAACUAUGCAACAAGUAUCUCUCGGCCAGACUACACAGCUACUGAUCGAAAUAGCGACAGAAAGAAUAUUACUCAUACGUUUGAUUUACAUCAAUUCGCACCAGAAGAUAUUGCCAUUCAAGUAAAUGAUACUGUGUUAAAAGUAACUGCAAUUAAAGAAGAACGUGAUGGCAAUAGUUCGUCACACCGAGAAUUUCGACGUGAAAUUGGUUUACCUGAUGGAGCUGACCCGAAGAAUUUAACCAAUACAUUAAGUGCUGACGGUAUUCUUACCGUACAAAUACCUGUACGCGAUCAUCGUCCUCCACUAACACCAACUUACCAAACACAAACAUUCAACACAUCGAAUACUAUAACUUCUAAUAACGCUUAUGAUGGCAGAGAUCAACAACUUAAACUGACAUUUGACUUAAGUGGUUACAGACCGGAUGACGUUACCGUUAAAGUAAAUGAUCAUGUACUAAAAGUCCAAGCUUCUCAUGUGGAUAAUACACCUGGUAAUCAAAUUAGUCGUGAAUAUAAGCGUGAAUAUGUCUUACCGGAUUGGGUCGAUGCUGAUCAUCUACGGGCCAAGAUGAGCGAGGAUGCAACUCUUACUGUUGAAGUGCCCAUUCCACAAGAUCGAGUAUCUGCGCUUAAUCGACAAAUUAAAAUAACACAUUAA